GAUCGUCCUAGACUCUCCUCAGUCCGUCUCCAUCGUUACAACAUCACUGCCGGCUGCUAGACGCUGAACACCCACAAAACCAGCAACAAACCCCUCCCCCCGACCCGAUUCGUCAUCAACCCCGACGACAGACCCUCAUUCCAACAGAAUCCUUUACGCCGUCAUGUCCACCUCAAGCACACAAGUGGAAUCCUAUCAAGGAGUCUUGCAGAGGUACAAGGUCCCGAAAGGUCCUGAUCUGCCGAUCUUUUUGAACGGAGAUCUGAACAGCGACAAGGCGUUGAUCAUGAUGGGCGGUCUGUAUGAUGGGAUAGUCAGUCUACCAUAUCAAGCCACUCUGAGCAAGAUGUGUUCCGAGAUCGGGUGGACGGCUGUUCAGCCGUACUGGACCUCGGCUUUACAUGGGUUCGCGAUCGGGUCCUUGAAGCAGGAUGCGGAGGAGCUGGAAGCUGCCGUGAAACACCUUCGAGCGCAAGGCAAGAAGACCAUCGUGAUCCUCGGUUCCUCCACAGGCUGUCAAGACAUAAUGACCUACCUCCUCACGCACAACACCUCUACCCCGAUCCAGGGCGCUAUCCUUCAAGCUCCCGUCUCGGAUAGGGAAUGUUUCGACGACCCAAAAGUCAUCAAGGCGGGCGAGUUGGCCGAGAAGAUGGUCAAGGAGGGGAGGGGGGAGGAGAUGGUACCGAAGGAGGUGGCUAUGGAGGCUUGGGGCAUGGAGAGGGUGACGGCUUAUCGGAUGUGGAGUCUGCUUUGCGUGGGCGGGGAUGAUGAUUUCUUCAGCUCGGACCUGCCUGAGGAGCCCGAGGAGAACAAGAAGGAAGGACCCUCGCAUCGACCUCUCUCGGAAACCUUUGGCAAACUCCCCACGGACACACCCUUGCUCUUCCUCUUCUCAGGCAAAGACCGCAGUUUCCCCUGGUCCAAGACGACCCCGGCUAAACAGUUCGAAAGGUGGGAACGUGCCGCUAACAAGGACAAGAAGGAAGACGCCGGGGCGAAGGUGAAGAUGCAGUUUGGGGUGAUGGAAGGGGCGAGCCAUCAGGUGGACGAGGUCGAGUUGCAGCCGAAAUUUAGGGAGGCAGUGGAGGGCUUCUUGAAGAGCGUGUGAGGCGGAUAAAUCACGAUACACUGCCGCGGUUGAUAGGAGAGCGACUUGUUGAAACGUAUUCUGGGUAAGGGUAACGAUAUGUUCCGGUAACACGUUGUCAUAUCACUACGAUAGCAUAUAUGCAGGUGGCUUUUGUAAUCGAGAACCGAUUCCUCCAGAGCUGCCACCCAAAUCAGACCAACGCAGAUACACAGGACAUGUCAUGUGGCCGUUGAUAUUUGCCUUGAGAGACGCGUUCAUUGUUG